UUCAAAUGUGAAGUUAACAGAUGCCUAGGCACGAUCCUGCCCACGUGACUGGCGACUCUCCGUGCCAGCAGUGUGACGACAGAUGCUAUAAGGUGCUUGACGUGUCUUGGAGCCUCUCUGCUGGGGUCCAGUAACGUGACGUUGCAGUUCUGCCAGACAUGAUGGAUCACGCUAACCUUGACCGCGUGCUGAACACACUGAAGUGGUAUGGGCGGUACCAGGUGACCCAGAUGUGUCUCAUCUACGCGUCCGUCCUGCCAGGGUCACUCAACAUCCUCGCAUACAUCUUUGUGGGUUAUGAUGCCCCACACACAUGCAGUGAGGUGAGCAACACAUCUCAGUUGGGUCUGACUGUCCGGAACGGCAGCAGCAUCAGAUACAGCGAGUGUGACAUCUUCGUUGACACCAACUCAAGCCAGGGCAUCCUGACUGACCGUACAUACUGUGUAGCCGGAAACGCCUACCUGGAACACAAGCAGGUCUCCAUUGUGUCGGAUUGGGAUCUGGUGUGUGGGCAGGCGUCACUUUCGGAACUCACUCAGACGCUGUUUGUAUUGGGGCAAGCCUCGGGCGCCAUCUUGUGUUCGUCUCUCUCGGACAGGUUCGGCCGGAAGUGGACAUACACAAUCUCUUUGAUGGGGCUGAUGGUCUCAGGACUCGUUCUGUCUUUCUCCCCAAACUAUGCCGUGUUCGCGACUUUCCGAUUCAUUGGCGGGAUCUUCCAGCAGGGGACGGAUCUGACCAUAGCGACGAUGAUAAUAGAGUGGGUACCUACAAACAAGAGGUUCAAAGCAGGCUCGGUCGGGAGUUGUUUGUGGGGUGUUUCACUCGUUACCCUCGCGCCCCUCGCAUACCUCCUCCGUAACGUCAGCUGGCGAUAUCUGCAGCUCACGGUGGCCUUGACCGCUGCAUUUUCCCUCAUCUUGCCCUUCACACUGGAUGAGACACUCAGGUGGUUGAUGGCCAAUGGAAAAACAAAAGAAGUGGAAAGAUUAUUGAAGAAGGCCGCCAAGAUUAACAAUGUUCCAAUAGAUGACGUGAUGGCGUCGUACAGGUACUCGGAGGUGAAAGUGGCACUCAGCGCUUCAGACAAGGCCACUCGGGACAUAGAGCAACUAGGGAACGGGAUUGCCAAUGGCACCCAGAAUACGGUCGUUGAGGUUACUGUACACGACUGUACUGACGCCAAGGAGAAUGGGAUGGACGCUACUGUUGAGAACGAGGCUAAGACAGCGCUUCUGAAUGCCCAGAAUGAGAACAGUGUUGUGGCUCAGGCUGGAGAGACGAAUGGCGACGAGGAUAUCACUGGAGAAACUCACAAGUCUACUAAAAAGUACAAUCUGCUUGAUAUUCUGAAGAACAGGAUGAUUUUUAAAAACGCACUUAUUGUGUGGUAUUGUUGGGUGGUGGACUCUCUGGUGUAUUACGGCCUGUAUAUGACAUCAUCAACAUUGGCAGGAAACCGCUACCUUAACUACUUCUUCAACUCCGUGGUGGAAGUCCCGGCAGCUCUCCUCAUCUUUUUGACACUCGAGAGGUUUGGCCGGAAGAAGCCGUCGCUGAUGUUUCACACAACAGCUGGAGUGAGUCUGUUAGGGGCCGUCCUGCUCAAGACAUUCGUGGUUGACAGUCAGGCUGCCCAGAUCGCCGCCACCAUAUUGUCCAUGAUCGGGAAGCUGACCAUCACGACAGCAUUCGGCAUUCUCUUUAUCUACACUCCGGAACUCUUCCCUACAAACCUCAGGAACGUGGGUCUAGGUGCGGCGGCCUGUGUAUCCAGACUGGGGGGCAUAGUGUCACCAUUCGCCUCAAUGCUUGAAAAGAUGGUGGCCUGGGGCCCGGGAGCCAUAUUUGUGGUCAUGUGCCUCCUUGCCGGCUUCCUCAUCCAGUUCCUACCGGAAACACGUGGUCACGAGCUGCCGCAGACCAUGGAAGAAAUCAAGGAGUGGUACCGAGCCAAUCUCCCCAACCAGAAAAAGAAAGACACUAAAUACCGAUAAAUUCUGUCACCACCGUGGAUCUACCGACUACCGAGUGGUGCCUUUCAUAUUAUCUAACAUCCGAACUGGACGUUCUACAGAGUCCCUGGGGACUGAAGAUAUGGAUCCAGAUGAAAUUUACAUUUGAAUAUUGUGAGCGAAAAUUAUGGUCUAGGUGUGGAAAAAGCUCUGUCUGUCAAAUAAAUAAUUUUCAUACAGUCAA